UUUCAUGACAUCUAUCAGAAACGUCAAAUUAGCCGUGUAAUUAUAAAAUAUAAUUUUUAACAUUAAAAAAAUGCUUUUCGCGAGAAAAGUCAUAAAUCUAUCUAUAUUAAAAACUCUUAAAUUGCAAUCGAGAAAAUGUCAUAGUUUAUUUGGUAUCAAAGAUAUUCUUCAACAACAAGAGCAGCCGGAUGUAUUUUCUAUCCACCUGGUCAAAAAGCAGGAUCAUGAAAUGGCUGUAGACCUCAUAAAGACCCAUUACCUCACAGAACACGUGCUGGUGCGAACACGGAAGAUGGACCUCUCAAACGACAAUGCGCUUGAUGAAUACCUCGUUAGUCUCAUGAAACAGGGCAACACAAUUUUCGCCAAAACAGAAGACGGAAGGGUAGCUGGGAUUUGCGUUAAUUUCGCGACCAGUCCAGUUGAUUGUCAAAACUUAAGAAACUAUGCUUUUUAUAGACAAGACCCGAACACAAAGGAUUUUCUUUACUUCAACGCAAAGUUGCAAGAGACGCCUAAUCUGUGGAAUAUAUAUAAGCAACCGAAGGUUUUCGAGAUUAAAAUGUUGGCAGUUCUACCGGAGUUUAGACGACAGGGUCUGGGUACCAGGCUCGCUGAGAAGUCAAUGUCUCAAGCACAAGACCAAGGUUACAACGUCAUAAGAAUGGAUUGUAUAAAUCCCUACGAUUACAAAAUAGCGGAACGCCUCCUUCUUAAUUGCAUAGUGAAGUAUCCGCUUCACAAGCUGCGAGGCGCGAACGCGUCUUUCGUAAAACGCAGCUCCGAGCACAACACAUGUGUCAGAGUGUACGUGAACACUCGCGUGCAGAACGAGUCGUGCUACGUGAACUCCAAAGAAGAUUUGGAGAACAUAUUCGAGUGAUCCUUUGAUAUAUGUAAAUUUCAAGUUGUCCUUUGUUUGUAUUUAGUAAAAAAAAUAUACUUAAAUUAUGUACGAAAA